UCUGGUUUUGCCCCAUCAGCCUCUUACUUGCCUGAUGGGAGUGCCCCGGAGCCCGACUACUACUUCUCCACCAUCAGCUCCAGCUUCUCCGUUUCUCCUCUUUUCAAUGGCAUCACUUACAAGGAGUUCAGUAUUCCGCUGGAGAUGCUCCGGGAACUCGUAAACCUGGUGAAGAAGAUCGUUGAGGAGCCUGUUCUCAAGUCCCUGGACGCAGUCGUAGCCAGCGUGAUGGAGGCCAACCCCAGCGCUGACCUCUACUACAGCGCGUUCAGCGACCCCCUCUAUGUGGCCACAUUCAAGAUGCUGCGGGACACUCUGUACUACAUGAAAGACCUGCCCACCUCCUUUGUGAAGGAGGUCCAUGACUUCGUGCUGGAGCAGUUCAACACCAGCCAGGGGGAGCUCCAGAAGAUCCUGCACGAUGUGGACCGGACCCACAGCGAGCUGAGCCCCCUGAAGCUGCGCUGCCAGGCCAGUGCCGCCUGCGUGGACCUCAUGGUGUGGGCUGUGAAGGACGAGCAGGGUGCAGAGAAUCUGUGCAUCAAGCUGUCUGAGAAGCUGCAGUCCAAGACAUCCAGCAAGGUCAUCAUUGCUCACCUGCCCUUGCUCAUCUGCUGUCUGCAGGGCCUGGGCCGACUGUGCGAGAGGUUCCCGGUGGUGGUGCACUCGGUGACGCCAUCCCUGCGGGACUUCCUGGUUGUCCCGUCCCCCGUGCUGGUGAAGCUGUACAAGUGCCACAGUCAGUACCACACAGUUGCUGGCAAUGAUAUAAAAAUCAGCGUAACCAACGAGCAUUCCGAGUCGACCCUGAAUGUGGCGUCGGGGAAGAAGAGCCAGCCGUCCAUGUACGAGCAGCUGCGGGACAUAGCCAUCGACAACGUCUGCAGGUGCCUGAAGGCUGGCUUGACUGUGGAUGCAGUGAUCGUGGAGGCCUUCCUGGCCAGCCUCUCCAACCGGCUCUAUAUCUCCCAGGAGAGUGACAAGGAUGCUCACCUGAUUCCGGACCACACCAUCCGAGCCUUGGGCCACAUCGCAGUGGCCCUGAGGGACACCCCAAAGGUCAUGGAGCCGAUCCUGCAGAUCCUACAGCAGAAGUUCUGCCAGCCCCCCUCCCCCCUUGAUGUGCUCAUCAUCGACCAGCUUGGCUGCUUGGUCAUCACCGGAAACCAAUACAUUUACCAGGAGGUGUGGAAUCUCUUCCAGCAGAUCAGCGUGAAGGCCAGCUCUGUUGUGUACUCUGCUACCAAAGAUUACAAGGACCACGGCUACAGGCACUGCUCGCUGGCUGUGAUCAAUGCCCUGGCCAACAUCGCGGCCAACAUCCAGGACGAGCACCUGGUGGACGAGCUGCUCAUGAACCUGCUGGAGCUGUUUGUGCAGCUGGGGCUGGAGGGCAAGCGGGCCAGCGAGAGGGCCAGCGAGAAGGGGCCCGCCCUGAAGGCCUCCAGCAGCGCGGGGAACCUGGGCGUCCUCAUCCCUGUGAUCGCUGUGGUGAGUACCUGCCCAUUGGUGUCUCGGACUCAGGUACGGUGCUCGUGCUGAGUGCUGCCCAGAGAC